CGUUCCGGGCCGCAGCGCGGGCGCCAUGGGGGUGACGAGACAGAAGCACGCCAAGAAGAUCAUGGGCUUCUACAAGAACAACUUCCAGUUCCGCGAGCCCUUCCAGGUGCUGCUGGACGGCACCUUCUGCCAGGCCGCGCUUCGCAACAAGAUCCAGAUCCGGGAGCAGCUGCCCGGGUACCUGGACGGCGCCGCGCAGCUCUGCACCACGCGAUGUGUUAUAAAAGAACUUGAAUCACUGGGGAAAGCACUGUAUGGAGCAAAAUUAAUUGCCCAGAGAUUCCAAGUUCGAAACUGUUCUCACCAUAAGAAUCCUGUGAGUGGUUCAACCUGUUUACUUUCCAUGAUUGAAGAUGGCAACCCUCAUCACUUCUUUAUUGCUACACAGGACCAGGAAUUAUCAAGCAAAGUGAAAAGGAAGCCUGGCAUUCCUCUCCUCUUUAUUAUUCAGAACACUAUGGUGCUAGACAAACCUUCUCCUAAAUCUUUGGCAUUUGUUCAGAAGUUGCAGACAAAUCAGCUUGUUCCAGAGUACCAAAAACAAAGUAUUGUGGAGCUUAAAGAAAAAGAAGGACUAGUAAAGCAAGAAAGUGAAAAGAGAAGAAAACGCAAAAGGCCAGGUGGCCCCAAUCCUCUCAGCUGUCUGAAGAAGAAAAAGAAGAAAACACAGGAGGGGCAGGAGCCUUCUGCUGAAAAGAAGAAAAGGAGAAAAAGAAAACGAAAUAGAGUUAAAGGAGAAGCCAUGCAGUCAGUGCAGAAAAAUGAAGGAGAAUAAACCCAUCUUUGUAGACAACACAGAACAUGGACAUUGUUUGAACUUUAAAAAAAAUAUUAAUAUGGAGUCAUAUGAAAUUGAGUUGUUAAUAUUAACAUUUAUUUUUAUGAGGUGGUACUACUUAUUACUAUAUCCCAGUAUUUGCAGGUUAUUGUCCUAAUAAUUUAUUCUGUUAUUUAGUAUUGGGUUUGUGACAAAAUAUUUAGGAACCCUCAUAUUUCAUUAUUCUCUCCAGCAUCAUGGUUUGUGUUAAAAUUCACAUACUAUGUAGCAGUUUUUUAGAAAUGCUUCUUGGCUUCCAUAUGGAUUUUGGUGGGAUUUUUGACUUCUUUCUAAAUCAAGGUUGCUAAUCUUAA